CGAAACGACCCUUCACGACACGACUGCAUACUCGCCCUUGACUUUUUCGUCCCACGUCUUUGACGUUCUCUAAGCUGUGGUGCGUCUUAGGACGACCUUUCUUUGACCUUCACGACAACCUGUAUAUGCCCUGACAUGGCCACGAGCCCCGAAUUCGACUCUCCUCCUUCUGCUGCCGUCCCCGCCGAAAGGUCCCGGUAUUCUAUCGAUUUGAGCCUUGAGCUCGAGCAUCAGCUCAAUAUGGACUCACAGCCUUCCACUCCAUCACACCCUCCGCCACAGCCCGAGCCACCUCGGCACAGACCCGGUGGCUCCUCCGGGUUCCAAAUGCCCGACAUUGACCCGCAUGUCCUCGCGCAUAUCAUCAGCGAGCUCCGUCAACAGCUCACAGGAAUGACCAGAGAGCGGGAUGACUUGCUUGCUUUGAUUGCCACCUCAGCUACCCGUGAGGCCGAGCUUCAAGACGCUCUGCAGCACAUCACCGACAAGGCGAUGGCACUGGAUGAGGCACUUUCUGAAACUAAGAGAAAGAAUAAGGAUGACGAAGAAGCAAUAUCUCUCCUGCGGACAAAGGUAGAGGAAAGCAGACGCGGCUUGAUGCGAUUACAAGCGGAACGACGCCAGCCCUCCAUGGCGCUUGACACGUCUCGCGCUAAUACCACAGCGUUCACCAUGAGUCCCCCAUCAUCUAAACGGGCGUCGUUCACACCGCUCACUGGCACCUUUGCGGGAAACUCAUUCCGUCCCAACGCACAUCGACGCAUAUCUUCUGUCUCAGACUCGAAUGUCAGCUUAGAAAUCACUGCACCGUCUCCGAACCAGUCGCUUACUUUUGCUUCUCCCUCGGCGAAUCGUCGAUCGUCUGGGUUCUUUGGACGAGCGUCUCCUCCGCGAGACGUCGGGCCACACAUCUCACGGACAUCGUCAUCGUCUUCGCAUGAUCAUGAAGAGCUGGAAAAGCUUCGGAACGAGCUGAAGACGGCGCAAAGUGCACUGCAGGAGACUCGACACGAGCUAGGCGAAGCGAUCGAGGCGAGAGAAGCUUCCGAGAAUUGUGCUGCAGCCCUUCGCGAUUUCAUUGCUGCGAAUGGGGUCGGCGCCAACUUGGAUGCCGAAGUGAAAUUGCCUCCACUGCCGGCUGCGACGACGGGUGACGAGUCGGGGCUAGACCAGCCGCGGAAAGACAAGGGAUGGGGGUUCAAGUUGUGGAAGGGUGAUGGGACCGCGGCGCCUCGUCCCGAUGUAACUGGUUCUCCCAUCGUUUCGAGUGCAGCGUUGCCGAGCACAGGAGCAGCACCCGGCCCAGCACCGCUGUCACGGAAGUUGACAGGGUUCUUUAGUUCGCGGUCCAGCGUUUCAUCGGGACCGCCAGGCAAUGGACCGCCACCUGGACAACGAACUUCGGUGUACAGUUUCUCCGAUGCGUCUUCACUUGCCGAGCCAAUCAGCCCCACGAACCCGGUGUUUGGACUGCCUGUUCAGGUCCGGGACGGAGAUGCCGGUUUGCCGGAUCCCAGCAGUCCAGAAGACAUAAAAGCGGCCAUUUCCUCUGAUGCAGCCAGUGUCCUCAGCCAGUAAUGAUUACAACCACGAGAUUACCUACCAUUAUGAAUUUUAUCUGUUGGCUCAUGCGUGUUAAUUAUUGCAUUGUUA